AGCAAAAAAUCCAAGUCACCUCCUUCCCAAAUAGGGACUUUCAAAAUCAAUCAAUUUGGCAGGGAUUCAUAUCCAAUCCGCCAUUUUUUCCUCCCCAAAACCCUAUCUUAAUGUCCACAUUUUCUCAUAAUCUCACCCGAUAUUGAAAGCUAAUAGAAAGAAUAAUGAUAAAUAGUACCGUUGAUGACAACGGCCACGCCCAAAUUCCUGAUCACCAACAUCACUGCCAUUGUUGCCAUUUUGAUAGUCAUAAUAAUAAUAAUAAUCGGCAGAAGCCCAUACCCAAGUGCCUACCAAAGCGCAUAAUUUUGGUGCGCCACGGCGAGAGCGAAGGGAAUAGGGACGACGCCAUGUACACCGUCACACCCGAUUAUAGGAUCCCGUUAACUCCCAAGGGAAUUGGUCAAGCAAAGGAAGCUGGGUCCCGCAUUUUUGACGUGAUUUCUGAUAAUGGCACGUCCGAUAACUGGAAGGUCUACUUUUACGUUUCCCCUUACAUGCGAACACGUUCCACGCUACGAGAGAUGGGCAGGGCAUUCUCGAGACGGAGGGUGCUUGGCGUCAGGGAAGAAUGCCGAAUUAGAGAACAAGAUUUUGGGAAUUUUCAAGUGGCGGAGCGCAUGAAAGUCAUUAAGGAGACUCGCGAGAGAUUUGGCCGCUUCUUUUAUCGAUUUCCUGAGGGAGAAUCAGCUGCUGAUGUUUAUGACAGAGUUUCCAGUUUCCUUGAAUCUCUUUGGAGGGACAUUGAUAUGAACAGACUCCACCAUGACCCAAAUGACGAUUUGAAUCUUGUGAUUAUAUCCCAUGGGCUAGCUAGUCGUGUCUUUCUGAUGAAGUGGUUCAAGUGGACAGUUGAGCAAUUUGAGUACCUAAACAAUUUAGGGAAUUGUGAAUUUCGAGUUAUACAAUUAGGACUUGGUGGCGAAUACAGUUUAGCAGUCCACCAUACUGAAGAAGAGAUGCUAGAAUGGGGACUAUCACCUGAAAUGAUUUCGGACCAAAAAUGGCGAGCUCAUGCUAACAGGAGUUCAUGGAACGACAAAUGCCCUUGGUACCUUGAUGCUUUCUUUGACCACCUAGCUAAUUCAGAUGAUGACGAUUAUGACGAAGUCAAAUCAAACUUCUCCGACUAGUUUAGUGCUGCUUUUGUUCUAAAUUCUUUACAUUAUAUAGCCUAGAUGAUUGGUAAGAUCCUUUCUACUUUCAUGCGGUAGUCCACUUUUGGGGCCAGAAAGCGUCUGUUUAUCUUUUGCAUUCGUUAUCUGUAACGUCAACUAAAGAGUUAAUUGUAAAUUUUAAACAAUUGUAAAUCAUUCUUUUA